ACCCGCCUCACUGGCGCGGCCGCCACUCCAGGCGAUCCCGCCCACGGCUUCACAGGCCUCCCCGCCCCUGCCAGCGCCUGCGUCUGAGAAUGCAGAAGAGGCACUUCCUGUGGCUGCUGAGUUGCUAAGCGACGACGACGCGUCUCCAGCUUCCGGCUCAGCGGAGGAGAAGAUCUCUCCGGCCCCUCUGCCGCUUCCAUCGGCCUCCUCGCCGCUUCAAGCCGAGACGGUCCCUGUUCAGGAUGGUGCUGGAGACGGCGCCGAAGCUGCGGGACCCUCGGAAAAGCCCGCGGCCACUCCUACAUCCAGCAAGAUUCCCUCCCUGGUUCCGGCUUCCCCCCCGCUGCCUGCACAGGCUGCCCCAGCAGUCCUGCUGUUUUCGGAGGCUGUGUCCUCCGUGUCGGCGUCAGAGACUGCCCUGGAACCGGCGGCUUGUUCGAGCUCAGACCAUCCCGGACCAGUUGCUGUAGCAGCGGCCCCGGCGGCUGGUCUUCCCUUCCGUGGAGCGGAGGCUGCCCGCCAGCUGACUGGGGGGGCAGCCCGUCUCCCUGCUUUUAAGAUCAGCAUUCUCGGCGGGUUCGGGGGUGAUUUUUCGGGGAUUGUCCCAUGGAGGCUGCCAUCUCUGCCGCCUCUUGCGCCCUAG